AAGCGACAACUUUUCUGAAUGACGAAUAUUUGAAGGGUAUCUCCGCAGCAAGCGAUGACAACUACUUUUAUUUCCGGUCUCACUGCUAUCACAGUUUUCGGAAGAAUGAUGCCCCACACAACUUGAAAGUCGCAUUGUGCAUUUUAAGUGGGGAAGUGAAACAUGCUACAUGUUCCUGCGUUGCUGGGAAGAGGUGGCAUAGGAAGGGAAGAGGAGACUCUAUAAAUCCACAACCAGCAAUGGAGGUGCUUGUAGCAAAGACCUACCUGGAGCAGCCCAGAUCAUCAGCUCGAGAACCUGGUGUCAGAUGUACACUAUAUGAGGCAAGGAAUAAUAUACGGGGGCAAAAGGCAGAUGAAGAGAAACUAUUGGCAACCUUGAAAGAAUUGAACCCAAAUAUGGCCCUAGCACAGAUUAUGACCCCAAAGGCUGAUUCUAUUCCCUUAGUAGAAACCAAAUUUGGCAGAAGUCCACAAGGCUCGUAUGCUAGCUAUCAACUUGCAGUGACCGAAGAUAAUUUCAAAGUGUUUUGUGACAUCACGUCUAUCCCAAGGGCAAACCCUGCCAACCAUGAUGAGCAUAUUGUGACAUAUCCAAGAUUUCCCCUAUCAAGUCAGUCUAAUGAACAGUUUGAGAUACCUGCUGAUCUUUCAGAAGCAGAAAAAUCACUGUUAAAGGAUCUGCAAGUUGAUGAAGAUAAACUGAAUGGCAUUGAAAUUAAAACACGCAGCCAAUCAGAGUGCCCUGAAUGGAAGUUGGAAAGGAAAUUCCGAUUUACUGCCUCCAAUUUUGGUCUUAUACGGGACAGAAAAAGAAACCAUGAAUCUUUAGUACAAAAUCUUAUAAAUCCAAAGCCUUUUUCAUCAAGAUAUACUAAUCAUGGACUUAAAUAUGAGCCAAUUGCCUUAGAACAAUACCAAACAUAUAUGUCCUCUAUUAACAAGUCAGUGAAGGUUUUUAAGUCAGGACUUGUAAUAAGUAUGGAUGCCCCAUACUUGGGUGCAUCACCAGAUGGCAAGGUUAUUGAUCCUGGAUGCUCUGAUCAAUUUGGUCUUUCUGAGGUCAAGUGCCCAGAAACCAAGUACUUAGUCACCCCACUGGAUGCAUGCUCUGAUAGCAGCUUUUUCAUGGAAGAAGUCGAUGGAAAGCCUAAACUUAAACGCACCCAUAAAUACUAUGUCCAAGUGCAAGGGCUGAUGGGUGUGACCGGGGCAAAGUGGUGCGAUUUCAUCGUCUACUCCAUGUAUCAUUGGGUUGAGAGGUGUGGCUCAGACACUCGAAAUCUGACCAUGUUUAAGAAGAGAAACUUUCCCACCCUGCAGACUUUCAGACAGAAUGCUGAUUUUUCUCCCCUGUUUAAGAAACUUAACCCAAAACAAUCCCUAAAAGCCAUACACAGGCUGGCUGCAUGUCCACCAUAA